GUAUUCUAGGUUUGUAUCUAUUUUAAAGGUGUCUAGUCUUAACUAAUUCGUUGAUUUAUUGACCUAAAUGUAUUGAUUUAUUGACCGGUCUUAACUCGCAUUAUACAGACCUCUUGAGAGACCCUUACCAACGUCAGAGUGCGGUCGCGUUCACACCCAAUCAAAGCCGAGUAUAGCUCCUCGAAACAACACACUUUGGCGUUAAUUGGAUGCCUGGUUUGUCACUCAUAAUUUAGGGCGUUGAUGAACGAAAGGCCACACAUGAGAAUUGUUAGUGCUAUCCGAGAUCCUUGGGACAUAACCUUUAACUCUUACCAUUUUACAUGUCACCUUCAAUUGGGGCCACAUCAAUGUCGUGACGUGCCAAGGAUCCCGAAUAGCGUUACGCCAAAUGAUAAUAGCAUGCGUUUGUACUACUGUUAGCUAGCUGUCAACAGCAGUCGAUAGGAAGAGUUAGACUAACGUUUAUAUAGCUACAGUUUUAUAUAAAAAAAUGACAAUCGCAUGUUAAAUAUGCAAUAUCUCGUUACCAGAUGUGCAAGGGCAUUGCGGAUGUAUUAUCCUGAACUGGUGCCCAGCGUGACUGUUCUGUACUCUGAUAUCGAAAAUAUUCCCAUCGGUGAAGUAAUUUAGUGCUCCUACAACCACAAAACAACCAUGGAUACCUACGUAGCCAUCCAUGGCAAGAACAUAUCCCACAAUCCCCUCUCCUCCUCCCAAGCCAUGUCUAUCGACAAGCUCUUCCCGGCUCUCCUGGAGUGUUUUGGGAUCAUCCUGUGUGGAUACAUCGCCGGUAGGACAGACAUAAUCACCUCCUGUCAAGCUAAAGGAUUAGGGAACUUUGUGUCUAAAUUCGCCCUCCCGGCGCUGCUCUUCAAGAACAUGGUUCUGUUGGACUUUAAUAACGUGAUCUGGUCGUUCCUGUGGAGUAUCCUGAUAGCCAAGGUGUCGGUGUUUGUCCUGGUGUGUGUUCUGACACUAGCCGUGGCCAGUCCGGAGAGCAGGUACAGCAAGGCAGGACUCUACUCCAUCUUCGCUACGCAGAGCAACGACUUCGCCCUGGGGUAUCCCAUUGUGGACGCCCUGUACAGGAACACAUAUCCAGAGUACCUGCAGUACAUCUACCUGGUGGCUCCUGUCUCCCUGAUGUUCCUCAAUCCCAUAGGAUUUGCCUUCUGUGAGAUCCAGAAGUGGAAGGACCACCCAGAGAGACAGCAGGGCAAGUUGCAGAUCGUCAGAGUGGUGCUGCUGCAGGUACUGAAGAACCCGAUAGUGUUCAUGGUGGUGGUCGGGAUCGUGUCCCACUUUGCCCUGGGCCAGAGGAUCCCUGCUGUGAUGGAGGAGUUUGUGGAUGGCCUGGCCAACUCCUUCGGAGGAGCAGCUCUCUUCUACCUGGGACUAUCUAUGGUGGGACAGGUGGGCAAACUCACCAGGUCUACUGGAGUAGCCCUUAUCCUGCUCAUCACUGCCAAACUGCUGGUGAUGCCUCUCAUCUGUAAGGACAUGGUCGACCUGCUGGACUCUACAGGUUCCAACAGCAGCAGUCUGAACCACUCCAGCCUGUCCAACUAUGCCUUUCUCUACGGGGUGUUCCCCCCUGCUCCCAGCGUAGCCAUCUACGCAUCACAGUACAACAUGGAGCUGGACGUGGUGACGUCAGGGAUGGUGAUCAGCACGUUCCUGUCUGCCCCCAUCAUGUACGUGUCAGCCUGGCUCCUGACCAUCCCCCUGAUGAACCCCAAGCCACUGGUCACUGAGCUGCAGAAUGUCAGCUUCAACAUCAGCAUCGUCAGCCUGGUCGCACUGGUGUGGACCAUCGCUGUCAUUCUCCUCAGUAAGAAGUUCAAGAGGCUCCCACACAUGUUUUCUAUGAACCUCUUCCUGGCACAGUUCCUAGUGUGUGUCGGUAUGAUCCUGUGGAACUUCGUAGUGAAGCAGGAGGACAUCUUGGGACAGGUGUUGACAUUCACACUGCUCUAUGGGUCACUCUACAGCACAUAUGUCUGGACUGGUCUCAUUCCUCUCUGUUUGGUUCUGACCAAGAAGGACAAUUUUCUGAGGAUUCCACCUUGGGUCUUCAUGGUCUUUGGCUGGGGCAUACCGUUCCUCAUCCUUGGAGGUCUGCUCCUGGCAGGAGAGAGGAUGCCUGAUACUGUAGACUCUGCCUUCUUCUAUGGCAGGGCUCAGAUCAUCAGUACUGCUGUAGUAGUCUCCUGCAGCAUCUUGGUAGGUGGUUUCUCUCUGAUGGGUCUCAGCCAGGGCACCAAGGAGAACCAGAACUACCAAGUCCUGGAGAGAGCCUCCAACACAGGUACUAUGGAGGACCUGAGGCCCCCUGGACACCAGGAGGACCAGAACUACCAAGCCCUGGAGAGAGCCUCCAACACAGGUACUAUGGAGGACCUGAGGCCCCCUGGACACCAGGAGGACCAGACCCCCUCACUGGAGCCCUCAGCACCAGAGACCAGCAACAACAGUGACUGUUGUAGCUGUACACAGCCCGUGCCCGACAUGAUCAACGACGCCACCAGGAACGACACUCCCACGUCUCUAACAGGCCAGUGUGGGGCGCUGUGUGAAACCCAGCAGCAGCAGUGUAGUCCACCGGUCCAGGAUGACAGACAGCUGGUCAGACACGUCCUGUUGUGUCUACUCCUCAUAGUUUCCUUGCUGGCUAACCUGUCCAGUUGUCUAUGGUGGUUGUUCAACCAGGACCCUGGUAGACUGUACCUGGAGCUGCAGUUCUUCUGUGCUGUGGCCAACUAUGGACAGGGCUUCAUUUCGUUUGGUAUCUUUGGCCUGGACAGGCAUCUGAUCAUUCUGCCAUUCAAGAAGAGGUUAGUGAGCCUAUGGCAGGGCAGGGAGAGUGAAGAGGAGCCCCCCUCUGUGGUUCCAGAGGAGAUCAGGCUGACCUGCACUCAGUUCGUCCGCUAUCAUAAAGACCAGUGUGUUCAGGACAUAGUGCCCAUCAGAAGGUGUGAGGGAGAGAGGGUUCAGGAGAGGGAGCGCUCCAGGGAGAGACCUGGUCAGGGGACUUAUCCUCCAUCCCAGGCCCAGACUCAGGCCACUUUCCUGGGCAGUGAUCUAGUGGACUGGCUGGUGAGGGUGGGUCUGGCCCGGGACAGGGGGGAAGCCCAGCUCUAUGGGGCUCAGCUCCAGCAAGGAGGGAUACUGCAACACCUCACACACCAGUUUGGCUUCAGGGACGACACCCUCCUACACUACCGCUUCACCGAGAGGAGCUGGACGCCACCGAUGGAGAGAAACAGCAUUAUGCCUCCUGUGGCCAUGUAAUGUUCCCAGAGAGGGAGGGAGGAGGGGGAUUACUAUUCAGCAGUAUGCCUCCUGUGGCCAUGUAAUGUUCCCAGAGAGGGAGGGAGGAGGGGGGGAUUACUAUUCAGCAGUGUUGUUGUCAAGUCACUAAACCUUGACUCCUAAGUCCUAAACCUUGACUCCUAAGUCCUAAACCUUGACUCCUAAGUCAUGGAUUAGAAUAUUACAACACUGCUAUUCAGUGAGAUGAAAUGUUCAGAUGGAAAUAUAAUGAGAUAGAGCUGACACCAUUUAGCAUUCCCAUUUCCACAGAUCAGACAAUCAUAUCUGUUCUGUGUCAUACAUUUCUAUCUGAACAUUUCUGUAACGUUUGCACCCUCCUGAAUGAACCCAAUAAGAAAGAAAGAUGGUGGGCUUCAUCCAGGCUCUGAUCAAGAGUAGUGCACUAUGAAGGGAACAGGGCUCUGGUCAAGAGUAGUGCACUAUGAAGGGAACAGGGCUCUGGUCAAGAGUAGUGCACUAUGAAGGGAACAGGGCUCUGGUCAAGAGUAGUGCACU